ACUUUCCGUUGCCGGUCAUCGGCAUCCUCUGCGUCCUACUGCGUCCUUCGCGAUCCUCCGUUUUGAGACCCGCGUGGCAGUGCGUGAUUGUGAAUUUUCGUUAAAAGUAUACAAUAUACAAUAAAAUCGCGGAACUUGGAUAUAAUCGAAGUCGUUGACUAUUUAAGAGAAAAGUGCGAUAGAAAGAACGGUCAAAGUACUAUAUAUAUAUACUUUUAAAGGACAGACUUUGUUCGGAGAAAGCUUAUGAAAUCUAAAAAGAGUCGAAAGAAAAAGUAAAGUGCAAUACUGUGCUUUGAAAGUAAUACGCAAUCGUAAAGAAAAAUAAAAAAGAACAGAGAAAACUCGAUUGGCGAUUAUACGAUGGAUGAAGUAUCACCAAAGGCGUAUCCGCUGGCGGAUGCAUCGCUGACCAUAAAGAUAUUGAAUUUGGUACAACAAGCAUUGAGCUACGGUCAACUGAAGAAGGGAGCAAAUGAAGCUACAAAGUCCUUGAAUCGUGGCCUGUCUGAGUUUAUAGUGAUGGCUGCGGAUACCCAACCACUGGAGAUUCUGCUUCACUUGCCAUUAUUGUGUGAAGACAAGAAUGUACCCUAUGUUUUUGUGCGAAGCAAGCAGGCCUUGGGACGAGCUUGUGGCGUUUCAAGACCAGUGGUAGCUUGUUCAGUAUUGGUCAAUGAAGGCUCGCAAUUAAAACCACAAAUUAAAGCCAUACAACAAGAAAUUGAGAGGCUUUUAAUCUAAAUGAAAUCUAUUUGUUAUUUUUAAUACCUCAUUAUUAGUAACACAUAAUGUAAAUCUUUAUUGCUACUACAAAUUGAUGCGUUUAGCGAAUAGUUUGAAUGAGUGCUUAUUGCUAUCAUAUAUAUCUUCUAGAUUUAUCAUGCAUCUAAAGGUUUACUCCAAUCACAGGCAAUAAUUAUUGAACGCUCACUCAGUCGACGUGUUCGCUGAACGCAUCCAAUAUUUGACAUGCACGAAACAGUUUCACUGUGCUGUAUUUAUA